GCGUUUCAAGUUGACGCAAAACUCGACGGUGGCCACCAUGCCCUCGCUAUCUGGCACUGCUUUCGUCGGCUUCGUCGCUUCGUCCUUUGUUCUUCUCCUUGCGUGCGCCGUUGGCAUCUGGGUGUGGGUUCCGCACGGUUGGGUUGCGCUCUGCUCGUACGCCGUAUGGGCCAUCUUCUUGGACCAGGCUCCAUACAAUGGUCGCGGGCGCAUUUUCAACUUUCUGCGCUUCAACUGGCUGUGGCAAUUUGCACAAGGGUACUUUGCCCACACGUUGCGACAGGAAUCGGAGCUCGAUCCGUCCAAAACGUACUUGUUUGUCGCGCAUCCCCACGGCAUCAUUGCCCUUGGCACAUGGCUAGUCUUUGGCGGCGACUCGAUCUACUUCCUGCGAAACAAUCCAAAGUUGCAGCUCAGCACGGCCACCGUGGGGUUGAACUUUGUCCUUCCGUUAUGGCGAGACCUUUUGCUCGCGUUGGGUUUCGUGGACGCCAGCUAUGGGUCGUUGAAGGCUGUGCUAGCCCAACGUCGGAGCGCUUGUCUCUUGGUUGGGGGCAGCCAAGAAGCCCUCGAGGCGCACCCAAACACGAACCGCCUCGUGCUCAAUAAACGCAAGGGGUUCAUCAAAUUGGCCCUUGAGACGGGCGCGCAUGUCGUGCCAGUGUACACGUUUGGCGAAACCAACAUGUUUUCUCAAGUGGCCAACCCGCAGGGGUCGUGGCUGCGUUCGAUGCAAGACUCCGUUGUCAAGCACUUGACCAUCGCGACGCCCCUACUAACCAGCGGCCCCCUGCCGAACAGCACACCGCUGCUCACGGCCGUGGGCAUCCCCAUCGAGUUUCCUCAGAUUUCAAAGCCAUCCUCGGAAGAGAUUGAGAUCCACCAUGCCAAGUACAAGGCCGCCCUCCAAGCGCUCUUUGACAAGCACAAACAAGACUUCUACUCGCCAGACGAGCUCAAGACGGCCGAUCUGGCCUUUUUUGCAUGAUGAAAACCAAACUAAUCGCCACUAGUUAGUUGGGUGCUGCAUGCACUUUGGUUUUGAGAUGUAUCGUACAUGCAAUGUCUACUUACUUCCAUGGCCA